CCGUAGAUUUCGACGUUUCUAGUAUAUUUAUGAGGUUCAAGUUACCGCCCUCAUUCUCACGGAACAAGAAAACGCUUGAAAAGAAAGAUUCAUCGUAUCCUAAUUUAUAACGAUGACAGUCUUCUGACAUGAAAAUAGAGCUUCUGUUGUGUUUGGUCAUUCUGGCCGUGGCUCAAACUAAGACCGAAGGAUUUAAAAGUGGUUUUCCCGGUGGAAGCAAAGGCAGGUCAAAGAGGCUCUUUUUGCCAUUUGGUAGAAACAGAGGCGACUCGUCCGAUGAAAUUGAAGAUUCCGAUUCGGAGCAUAUUGUGAGAAUUUCAAGGCAGACGAACUAUGGUGGAACCCAGGGGCCCAGGGGAUCCGUGCUUCAAUAUCCCAAAUCAGAUUUUUUGGGCCAAUCCUUAGAAUUGGCCAAAUCUGGAGAGUUAGACACUAUGCUUCAAAAUGAAGACUGGCAAAAGUUUGCUCAUGAGAUUUUGGGCCUUUUGGAUUCAACCAAUAGCCCUGAGCCUCAGUGGAAUGGUGGGGAUGACUUUGACUUUGUGGAUUUAUCAACAUCUGACCGAAAAGAGCCCUCUUUAAAGCGAGAGAUUCACCCUGAUCGCUACCCAAAGCCCCCCCAAACUCCUCCAAAUGUUCAUAUUCAUAUCCCUGUAUUUCUGAAUAAUGACAAUAAGUCCAACCAGGAUUUUUUUGCGAAGGGUUUCCAUCUCUAUUUCGCAUGGGAGGAAAAGCCCAAAAGAAAUCCGACCGGCCAACAAGAGCCCAUCGUCAAUGAUUUUGCAAGUGGAAAAGCAUUAACUCCAGGACAUCAGCAAAACCUCAGCGCGAACGAACAAGUCCGUCUCCAAGGAUUGUCCGAUUUUUCAAGUUUGCAAGCUGAUCAAGUUCAGGGCCAGAACAAAUAUGUUAAUCAAAACGGUUUUGAGUUGUUCCAUCAGACUGAAAGUGUCAUUGACACGACUUCUAAGUCCACGGGCAUCCUAAAUCAUACGAACCCGCUCAACGACGGAGAAAGAAACUCAACCAUUGCCCAAUCAACUUCGACUUUGGCCCCUCUGCAAAUAACCUCUCCAAUUCCUACCAUGAAGCCAAAAGUGAUUGAGGUAACAACUACAACCAAGAGCGAAGAUGAUCAGAGUCUUGAGAAUCUGUUGGAAGAACGAAAAGAACAUUCUGAUCGCUUUGGAUUGGUUUUGGGAGGCGGAACCGAUAAUGCAGAGGAUAACAGGAUAAUGAAGAUUUUUUGGUCCAAUAUCACUUUAGACAUGUGCCCGACAAAUUUGACCUUUACAUUUCAAAAUCCGAUUCUUCUCUCCCAUCUAAACGACCAGAUCAUGGUUUGUGGAAACUCCAGCUCCGCAAAUUCUAGCAAAGAGACUGGGAUUACCUCCCAUUCUUGCUCGGGUUUUUCUCUGGUGAGCCAUGAACGGGUUUCAAUGCCGGACCCAAUUGAGCUCAUUAGCCCUGGAUCGACCCAUUUGGGGUGGCAGCAAAAACUGUAUGUCAUGGGUGGAGGCACCUUGGAAAAUCCAUCUCCUAUGGUCCAAGUUUAUGACCAAGUGGAAAUGAAAUGGUUUGAAGGCCAGGCCUUGAGCUAUCCCAGAUUUGGCGCCUGCAGCGUUCUCGUUGAUGGAAUUCUACUCAUUUUGGGGGGCUCUGGAGCCAAUGGAACGAGCGAAAUGUAUGACACUCUUACAGGGAGGGGUUGGGCCAUCCUGCCAAAAAUGAAGCAGCCUCGCACAAACCCUGGAUGUCGCUUGGUUUCCAAAGGAGUGCUGCACCCUGAUUUAGAGGGGGUGAUCGUUGUCGGAGGCAAUGGGGGAAAUGUAUCUUCAGUAGAAUUUCUUCCCACCUCCAGACAACUAUUGACCCGAGGAAGCCUGCAGUGGCAACUUUUGCCAAGUUUGUCAGCUGGGGAAGAUUCGAGGCAUGAAGUACUUCUGACAAACAGAACAUUACAAAUCUUGACUUGGAACGUCUCUACGGGUGCCUCACUUCGUACUUGGGACGAUGGCACCUGGAUCCAAGAUUCGAUAUCCCAAGAUGCAACCUUUCCCGAUGAAGCCGAGAUUGAACUAAUUGACGAGCGUUUUGCGACAUUUGAAAUUCCGUGCUUAUAAUCACCGGCGGAACAUUAGAACAAUAUUUUGAAGAACCUCUUAUAUCAUUCUCGCUUCAUGCUUGGUCGACAUGUUAUCCCAGUAGCCUCACUUUCAAUUCUUGUCAAAUUUGCCAUAAAUUCAUCGAUAUA